AUGGCGGAAAGCAUGUUAAACAAGGGAACUGCAGGGUCAGGAAAAUCACCAUUUCGUGUGGCUUAUUCACAGGUUGGAAAUAUUCGAGCCAUUGUGAAAGCUCCAAUACUGUGCUUGACAGCCACAGCAAGUGCCACAACCAGGAAAAAAAUUAUAAAAAUGCUUCACAUGCAGAAAACGCAAGUUGUUUAUCUUUCUCCUGACAAAGAAAAUAUCAAAUAUGUGGUGGAAAUGGCCAACAAAAAUGGGUGACCUUCACAGACCUUUUCUUGGCUUAUCAAUGACUUGAAAGACAAUGGUAGGAACACCAAGAAAACCAUUGUCUUCUGUUCUUCCUUCAAAGAAUGCGGGGACAUCUAUGACACCCUUCUCCAAUGCUUAUCAGAAACACAUGUGGAGCAUAUUGCUAUGUAUCCCGCAAGAACUCCUCAAAGGAUCAAGGACAAAGUCCUAAGUGACAUUGUAAAGCAUAAUGGUCAAAUAAGGUUGGUCAUUGCUACUAGUGCGCUUGGGAUGGGAGUAAAUAUCCCAGACAUCAAUAGAGUGUUACAUUAUGGAAUUCCAGAGGAUUUCGAGUGUUAUGUUCAAGCCGUGGGAAGAGGAGGCAGGGAUGGUAGCAGUGUCCUUUCUGUAUUGUACUACAGAAAUUAUCAUCUCCGACACUGUGAUUCUAAAAUGAGGGACUUCAUAAAAAAUAAGGGACAUUGUCGUCGUCUGGACAUAGUAAAUUUUUUUGGAGUUAAAGCAAAGAAAAUGUCUGUCUUACACAAUUGUUGUGAUAUUUUUGCCAAAGAAUGUACCUGUGGUUCUUGCCCCCCAGAGCUGUAUCAAAGUGUUGAAAUUGACUUGUUGAAUAUGAAACACAACAUACUGAGUUGCCAAGUGUCUUCUGAACAGAGAGAAACCUUUAUUUCUGUUUUGAAUGAUAUCAAGAAUGAACAUGUGCGAAAACUUCUGUUCUUGGGUCCAGAUUUCUUCAAAAUAUGCUAGAUGAUGAAACCAUUAAAGAACUUGGCAAUAACUUGGAGCAAUUAUUUACAGUUCAAGAUGUGAUGGAAAAUUUUUCCAUCCUAGAAAGGCAAGUUGCCUUAGAAAUAUUAACUGUUGUCAAUGAUAUUUUUGCAGACAUUGACAUAGUUAAGGAUUUUGAUGACCUUACUAUUUUGAAAUGGGAUGAUUUCUACUUCCCGGACAUCUCUGAAACAUGUGACACAAGCGAUGACUCUUCCUAGGUUCGUCAAUUUAUAUUUAGAGCAGCGUAUACUAUUAUUUCAAGGCUGUAAAUAACUCUGUAAGAGGGCAGGUCAUUUUGGCAGUCACAUUUGACUUUUCAAUGUGAAUUUUAUUCCAUUCAGCAUUAUUAUCUUUUAGUGUAG